ACACUUAACAAGGAUCAGGAAAAUGUAUAAGCCAAACAAACGGACAAAAGAGAGAAAGAGAGAGAGAGAAAAAAAAAAUGAGAUAUGGGUAUGCGUAUGGGGUGGACAAGUAUGCUAACUAUUAUUUAUGUAGAACGCAUCAAAUGAUUGAGAAAUAAGGGAAGAAGAAGAAGAAGAAGAAGAAGAAGGAGGUAGCUACUGAAGAAGCAAAAUUUUAUGCAUAACAAAACAAUAACUGGCUAGCUAGCUAGAGAGAGAUGAGUAGGUUUUCAGAGUGAUAUUGUUUUCUUCCUCUCUUCCUCUCACAAUUCUUGCUGUCUCUUUUUGAUAAAAUUCUUCUUGGUGUUUUCUGGGUUUAAUCUCAAACCUUUUUCAAGAGACAACAAAGCACCCAAAAUCAAACAUAUAUAUAGCCUCACUCAGAACUUCCAGAUUUGCUCUCAUCUUUGGAAAACAACAUGGCUUCUGGUUCCUCAUCCACACCCUUUUUGGGAAUCAGACAACAAAAUCAAACUCAGGUUUCACAACACCACCAACCCUCCACAGCUGCUUCAUCAACUACUACUACUACUACUACUACUACUUCUACUACUACCACCACUCCAACCACAGUGCCUCAGAAGAAAAGAAGGAAUCAACCAGGAACACCAUAUCCAGAUGCUGAGGUGAUAGCACUAUCUCCGAAGACUCUAAUGGCAACAAACAGGUUUAUAUGCGAAGUGUGCAAUAAAGGGUUCCAAAGGGAGCAAAACCUACAGCUCCACAGAAGAGGACACAAUCUGCCUUGGAAGCUGAAGCAGAAGAGUAACAAAGAGCCAAAGAGAAAGGUUUAUCUGUGUCCUGAGCCCACAUGUGUUCAUCACGACCCUUCAAGGGCUCUCGGAGAUCUCACUGGCAUCAAAAAACACUACUCUCGCAAACACGGUGAGAAGAAGUGGAAGUGUGACAAAUGCUCCAAAAAAUAUGCUGUUCAAUCAGAUUGGAAGGCACACUCCAAAACCUGUGGCACCAGAGAGUAUAGAUGUGACUGUGGCACCCUCUUCUCCAGGCGUGACAGUUUUAUCACUCAUAGGGCCUUUUGUGAUGCUCUAGCACAUGAGAGUGCAAGACACCCUUCAAACCUGAACCCUUUGGGAACCCAUCAUCUAUAUGGCACAAACCACAUGAGCCUAGGACUAGGUGCCCAACUUCAGAACCAAGCACCCUCUGCUAACAGUUUAUUGAGCCUUGGAAGUGCACCAAAGUUUGAGCACUUAAUCUCUCCAAAUCUGCACCAUUCAUCUGCAUUUGGAGUGCAAUCUCCACCCCACUCAUCAUUCUUCAUAACUGACCCAAACCAAGCAUUUCAAGACCUUCAGUCUCAGCAACAAGGACCCUUAUUCUCAACCAAGCAACUCCACGGUCUUAUGCAGCUCCCUGAUCUUCAAGGAACCAACAACAACUCCACCUCUGCCUCAUCACUGUCUGCUUCAGCAAACAACACCAAUCUCUUCAACCUCAGCUUCUUUCCUAAUACCAAUACCAGUGGCAGCAUAAUCAACGACCAAUUCAGCAACAUAAGUGGAGGCAAUGACCAAGGAACAACAACACUCUAUAGCUCUAGUAGCCCUGUAAGUAACCAAGUUGGUUCAGGCUUGUCUUCACUCUUUGGCAAUUCAUCUUUGCAGCAAGAUAACAUGUCCCCUCACAUGUCAGCCACUGCAUUGCUUCAGAAAGCUGCUCAAAUGGGUUCAACCACAACCACCAAUGGUCCCUGCUCUCUUCUUAGAGGAACAGAAGAAUUAGGUAUAAGGUCAAGGAUGGAGAGUGAGCACAGUAACCAUCUGCGCGGAUUGAUGAACUCCUUUGCCAAUGGAAACGCUUCCAUAUUUGGCAACGUGAAAGGGAACGAAAACAACCUUGGCCAGUUUCACAACGUUGUGGAGGAGCCUAAGAAGAUGUCACAAAAUCUUGGUUUGUGCUUUGGAGGGUCUGAUAAGUUGACCUUGGACUUUUUGGGGGUUGGAGGAAUGGUCAGAAACAUGAACAGUGGUGGGUUUUCACAACGAGACCAACAGCACUCCAUGGGAACUAUGAGCCCCUUGGAUCCUAAAUUGGAAUCAGCACAACCAAACCAAAACUUUGGAGCCUCAACACUCUAACAAGUUGGUCAGACAAAACAUACGUCAUCUCUCUGUGCUUUCAAAGGGAUUAGUUUCUUCCCGUCACUUAAAAAACUAAAAAACACAAAGUUGGGUAAAUUUGUUAGGCAGAAAAAAAAUGUUUAUUGUUUUAGAUAUAUGUUCUAGUUCUUAAGUUUUCCCUUUUGAAGAAAGUUCCACUGCCAAGUGCUAAGUUAGGGUUUCGUUUCUAAAGUAUGCAAUAUCCAUGUAUUUUUCUUGAAACAUAUAUGGGUCCGUUUUCCCCUUUCACUCACUUUCACUGUAGAAAUUUCAUUCUCUUUGACAGUGAUAGAUAUCUAAUAAAUUUACUGUUGCAUUGAA